AAAUUCUGCCUCCUUGCACCGAGUCUUUACCUUAUCUGCUUUUACCUCUGAGAUGCGCCGCCGUUCAUGAAACAUAUGUGACCUCCAUCACUACUAUCACAUCCACCGUCUAACUUUGCUUCAAAGACCACAAGCAACUCUUAAUUUUUUCUCCUUGAAAGAUCAGAAACCCCAUUCUUCGUCACAAGCAACCUCUUAAUUUUUUCUCCUUGAAAGAUCAGAAACCCCAUUCUUCUUCAAUGGCUCUGCGGGUUCUCAAUAUUGCUGAGAAACCCUUGAUAGCCAGAGCUAUUGUAGAAACCUUUUCUCAAAUCCCUAGCAUACCAACAGAAGGAGGUGUAUACAAAUUUCCAAUGGGGCCGUGGCAUAUGUCUGUUGUUUCAGUUUCAGGCCACUUUUAAGGAGUAUGAAUUUUUGGGGGAUCAGUAUACCAACCAUGAUUGGAAGCAGUGUAAAUCUAUUGCUCUUCUGACUGAAGCUCCAGUUCACAAGGUUACUGCUGCAGGCAAACACGAUGCUGUGACGGAGGCACAGAGACAAAUGGGGUCUCAAGCCCCCACUUGUUUCUCAACUUCGGUGCAGAAUCGGUUACUCCCUCCGACCCACUAUUAAGUGACCUAUUUGAUUUUAUAUUUUGUCCCACUAAUAAGUGAGCUAUAUCACUAAACAAGGAGGUAUUUCUAAAAUUAUCCUUUUAGUUAAUUAUAAAAAAUAUAUGAAAUAUGCAUAAUUUGAUAGGUGUUAUAAAAUGAUUUUCAAUGAUACGAAGUUUGCGACCAUCCGUGGAGUAGUUUGAGAGAUAAAUCAUUUCUAAAUUUCACUGGUUAUUAUCCAUAAGGGUAUAAUUGUAAAAAAUGCUUAAAAGUACUCUUUUCCUUGCUUGUCUUAAAAAUUGUGCAAAUUUAAACUAGAUCACUUAAUAGUGGGACAGAGGGAGUAGAUUUUUAGAAAUUUUGCUCUAUUAUGGGGGGAAAUUUGAUGGAAUUAUGAAAUUUUUGUUCGUCAUCAAAUACAUAAAGUUUUGAUAGGGAUUUUCCUAUGACCCCUCUCAAAAUUUUGUUUGGCUCGGUCGCUGUUGUAAGUACGUUGGAAGAAGAAGCAUCAAAUACUGAUGAGCUUGUAUUGUGGCUGGACCGCGAUCCGCAAGGUGAGAAUAUAACUUUUGAUGCGAUUAAGGUGUGUAAAGAUUCAAAUCCCCUUAUAACUGCACAUGGUUGUACCUGAGGAGUCGGUUUCCUUUGCGGUGGAUGUUAGGAAGGAACUUGAUUUCGAAUUGGAGCUGCGCUUUCUAGGGCUCAGACACUACUGUUACCAGAAGCAUUCCCUUGUUUGAAGGGCCAGCAGAUUAUUUAUGGUCCAUGUCUGUUUCCUGCCCUAGGAUUUGUAGUUCAGCAUGAUAAUUCGAUUAGAUUGAAUGACAGUGGAUUAUGCAAGGUGGAAGGAACUUAUAUUACCACCCAUGGUAGUUCUUGUACUUUUUACUGGGAGUGUCUGAGUCCUGGUGCAGAUAACGGGUUUGAUUAUACCAUUGCUGAAAACGUCUAUAGACGGUGUUAUGAUCGGACUGCAAAGGUAGACUUUGUAAGAUAUUCUUCGAACAGAAUUAAGAGUCCUCCACCGUUCUUGAACACAAUUGAACUUCAAAAGCUAGCAUCUAAGUACCUCCUGAUGGACUGCAAUCGGACUAUGGAGGCUGUGCAGUUUCUGCAUCAAUCCGGUUUCAUCACGUACCCUCGUACCUCAUCUGAUACUAUUGCUCCUUGUAUGCGAACUUAUUUGCAUGAGAUUGUUCAGCAGCAACGGAAUCACCGUAAGUGGGGCGCUGAUGUAUUAACACAUCUGAGUCUUGAGACAGGUUUGAAUAUGAAUAAUGGUGGACAUACUGAUCCGGCACAUUCACCUAUUUAUCCUACUAUGAAGGUUCCCACUGCUAGAGAAGAAGCUUAUUGGACUGCUGACCAAAGAUUAGUGUAUGAGCUAAUAGUCCGCCACUUCCUCGCUUCAGUAUCUAAGCCAGCCGAGGUACAACAAGCUUACACCAGAAUUAGACUUGGAAAUGAUAUAUUCAAUGGAACUACAAUGAAGGUGAUUACGCCUAAUUUUUUGGUUUUUUUAAGGAUCUAUGAAAAAGAUCACCCAGGAUUUUUUAUGCAGCAACCGGUUAAGCUUGACUUGAGAAUUGUUGCCUCAAAACCACCGCCAUUAAGCGAGGGUGAUUUGCUAGAUGUCAUGGAGAAGGAAAACAUUGGUACUAAUGCAACUAGGCACGAGCUACUCGGUAAGUUACUGACUCUUGGUUACGUUCUUAGGGAUCGAAACAUGAAUUUCACUCCCACGUACCUAGGCAAAGCCUUAAUUACUGGAUAUAUAGAAAUGGGAGCCGAGGUCGAGCCUUUGUGGAAACCCCAGUAUAGACAAAACUUAGAAAAUGAUCUUAAACUUAUAGAGGAAGGGACGGAGAAUAAAGAUGAAGUUUUGCAGCGCCAUAAGGGUAUUCUGACAACUUGUUUUCAAGUUACUUUUGGGUGCUUUUGAAAGAUAUUAUGGUACAUCGAAAUGCGUUUACCGUUGUCAUUUAUGCAGAGAAACGUUUAGGGUACUAAGGCAGACUCAUAGACACGGUAACUUCAUAGUUAAAUGCUUAAAUGAUAAAUACUGUGACGGGCAUGAGUGGCUUCCGAAUUGCACAAUUGAAGCAACCGUUUCAGAUACGACGUGUACCGACUGUUUUCAGAGUCGAGAAGGUCGAGAAGGACUGGUGGUUAAUUUGGUUAGCGCCAAGUUUGAUGAGGAAAAGAUACCACGCAUUUACCGGGACAACCAUCUGGGAUGUGUUCGUUGCAGUACUACAUUCAGAAGUUUGACAGUAGUUUGUGGAGAAGGGGCAUACAGCCAAUUUACUAGGUCAUCUCCUAAUGGAAGAUGUGUGAAUUGUGGUCAUCUGGAGACGUCCUCGCACAGGAGUGUUACUUGUUCAGCAAGACGUUAUGAUGUUCACAGUCGCAGCUAAUUUUCAGUAUUUCAAAGGGCUACUGGUUUAUCAUAUUGGUAAAUGGUAAACUAAGUGAUCUGGCAAUAAGUGUUGUAUGGAAUAUGAGAUCUGGCGACUGGUUCAAGCUCAACUAGAAGGCUUUCAUCCUCUGUUUGUUUUGUCUAUGAUCCGUGUGGAAAAUUUUUUUGCAUUGUUUUUUGGAUUUGCUCAAUUCGAUUUAGUUGCAUUUUGUAAUAUGGAUUUAUACUUAUAGUACUCAUCUACGGAAAACAGUUUUCUUGUUAUAAGGAAAGUUAAUUUCUCUGA